GGAAAAAGCCAUGUUGACUAUCAAAUCCCAGUGAAGGAGAGGUGAAGGCAGAGAGGGAGAAAGAACACCGCUGCUCUGUCCACAUGGCAGAUGGCUACCGCUGAGCCCGAGCCACCCCUCCCGGGACAGGAUGAGACCAUCAGGACUGUUUCGUUUCCUGGCCUUCAUCUUUGUCCUGAUCACCUCAUUGAUCUUUAUCCGCAGCUAUAUGAGCAUCGGCAUGAAAACCAUCCGUCUGCCCCGCUGGCUGGCAGGUCCACCCUCCAAGAAGAUCGCUGCUGCCACCAAGACUGGUCUGUUCCCUCCCCAGAGGUCGUGAAGAUCAAGUGUGGCCUCAGCAAGCCCUGCCCAGACAACUUCUUUGCGUUUAAAAUCCUCAGCGGGGCCGCCAAUGUCGUGGGCCCCUCCAUGUGCUUCGAAGGCCACAUGAUCAUGAGUCCUGUGAAGGACAACGUGGGCAGAGGCCUGAACAUCGCCCUGGUGAACGGAACCACGGGGAAGGUGGUGAGACAGGCCAGUUUCGACAUGUACUCCGGAGAUCCUACGCUCCUGGUGAAAUUCCUUAAAGCAAUUCCAGAGGGCAUGCUGGUGCUAGUGGCCUCCUUCGAUGACCCGGGGACCAAGAUGAACGAUGAACUCCGGAAGCUCUUCUCCAACUUGGGCAGCUCCUACGCGGGGCAGCUGGGCUUCCGGGACAGCUGGAUCUUCUUGGGGGCCAGAGACAUCAGUAACAAAAGCCCCUUUGAGCAGUACUUAAAGAACACCCCCAACACGAACAAAUACGAGGGCUGGCCCGAGCUGCUGGAGCUGGAGGGCUGUGUGCCCCGGAAGGUGUUUUAGGGCUGCGGCUCCUCCUGGCGGCCGCCAGCGGGACUGGAUGGAGCUGAAGGACAGCGGACAGCGGACAGCGGGCAGCGGACAGCGGGCAGCGGACAGCGGGCAGCGGACAGCGGGCAGCGGGCAGCGGGCAGCGGACGAGGAGGAGGCCGGCCGAGCAGCAUCAAGGGGCUGAGGAUCCCCGCACUCUCUGCAGCUUCCCCUCCCGGGGAACGAAAGCCCCGAUGGGCGAUGGGCGGAGGCAGCUGUCCCGCCCGGAGGUGGCCAGCCUCGGAGGGUCCUUCCGGAGCCGCUGUCGGCGGAGAGAACAGGUGCUUUCCCUCGGGAGAGAGGGCGGACUGCCCGCACCGGGCAGAAUUAAAUUGUGUUUUGCUCGUGUUGAAUGACC